CCCAGCAUGUCGGCGGCGCUGCUGCGGCGGGGUCUGGAGCUGCUGGCGGAGUCCGAGGCCUCGCGGGCCCCGCCGAGCCAGGCCAAGGCCAGCGGGGCUCGGGUGAAGCGGACCGGGAAAGCCAAGGCCAAGGCGCCCCAGACCCAGAAACUACGCAACUCAGCCAAGGGCAAGGUGCCCAAAUCGGCGUUAGCUGAGUACCAAAAGCGAGAAUGUCAAGACCACCUCAAAGCAAAUCUGAAGUUUAUGACCAGCACGAGAAGCGCUGUGGCGGAGUCUGUGACUCAGCAGAUUCUGCAGCAGAACCAGGGCCGCAAGGCAUGUGACCGGCCAGCAGUCAAGACCAAGAAGAAGAAGGCGGAGGGCACUGUGUUCACUGAGGAAGAUUUCCAGAAGUUCCAGCGGGAGUACUUUGGCAUCUAGGCUCCCUGGAGGCAUGGGGGUGGAAAAGGUGGCUGCCGCCUUUGACUUCCUCUGCCAGCUCUGAGGCCCUGAACUGCUGUGCAAAGGGCCGCCAGCAGGUGGCGAUGCAGGUUCUGCCUGACUGAAGCUAGCCGUGGAGCUGGAUUCAGGAAGAGUGGGCGGAGCUGCAAGCCGUAGGGCAGAUUUGCACUUGGAUUGGGGCUGACUUCUGCAGGCUUGGGUGGAGCUGAUGCACCUGCCAGGGUGGGGUCUCCGUUUAUGUUGGAAGAGGGCCAAGUUCCAGACCUUCCCAGGCCACGACCCCAGAAAGCUUUUGGGUGGUCUUCUAGGUUUAAGUAAACGUGGGCACAAGCAGUA